AUGUCGCACUCCGAUCUCGCCGAGAUGUCCGUGAUGCCAUGGAGGAGAUAUAUUGAUGUAGAAGUGUAUGACUCACAUGAGGAGGAUGUGAAUGGCAUGUAUGAAGAGACUGAAUCGAGCACAUCCAGUGAGUCCGAGGUUGACUCUGAUUUCGAUGAUUGUGACGAGAGCGCUCGUACGCCGAGAUGCCCACGGGCUGUCGAGAAGCUGCUGCGAGAUGUGGGGUCCCUCCUGGAUGGCAAUGACAUUGGCAGUGCCCUCUUUGGAGAGACUGCCCUCGCGUUUAUGGGCGUGCCCAUCAUUCCUCACUGUGUCGCGUUCAUGAUUCCGGAUCAGCAAAUCGACCAGGCGGUCCAGGUGCUACGUGAAGCCCAGUACCCCGACUGCAAGGAUCUGGACCUGUUCGCAGCCAACCCUAUCAAUUUCCUAUCCCAAAUCCGCUGUCAUGCAUUGACGGGGGGCGCCACCCGCGACCGUCCCAUCCCGGACCAUCAUUUCCACACCGACGGUCGCUUCCCAAAGGACCCCGACGACAGCCGCAAUCAGACUCGAGGCGUCUUCCUCUAUCGUGCGUCUAAGAUUUUGGGCCCGGGCAUUCCGAUGCCAUCUGCGCAGCCUCCACUGCCCGAGAACCCCUAUUACAUGGUCACUUCCGAUGCGCGGCUCUACUGUCCAUUGUUCCUGGACCGGGUAAUGCUGAACUGUUGGGGCCCGCAGAGUACGAAGGCUUACCCGGUCAAGAUGCUCCACCCGGCGCGAUAUGCGGAGAAUCUGGUCUACCUGAUGGUCCGCGACAUUGGGUACAGCGUCUGCAACGGGUGGAAAAGCGAGUUUGACUGUAUGUUGACUUACACUCGGCUCUUGUCAGCUCCGAUCCAAGCGCUGGGCGUGAUCGAUGUCCGGCUCGAGGACUUACCGAAUGGGCCGAUCGCGGACUGGAUUGGGCUGUACAGUGAAGGGGAAAGGAAUCGUUCGGCCAUCUUGGUUCAGUUCGCGGCUCUUCACCGACAAGGGAAGAAGUCGGGCCAACUGGGUGAACCCCUGAUGACCCCCCGAGAAGAAGAUAUUGUCACGCCGGAAGACAUUGAGGACUGCCUCAAGAACAUGGAAGAGGGGAAGCCCCCAAGCCUGAUUCGACCCUUUGAGGAGUCCGGCUGGAGUUGUCAGUUGAUGUAG